UGGGUCAAAGUAGUUUGGUAAUAACGCAAAACAAGUAGGGUUAUUUAAGUCAAUCCAUACUUAUUUAGGGUUUCUGCUAUAAACCUUUUUAGUAGCAGCGGCGUUGUUCUCCAGUAAGCAUUUUCUUUGGCUCCUUCUCUGUUUGUCUUGCAGAAGCUUUCCACUUCUAAAGUCUAUUCGUGUAAAGCUCUGUCAAGAUGCAAAACGAGGAGGGACAAAACAUGGACCUUUACAUCCCUAGGAAGUGCUCUGCCACGAACAGGCUGAUCACUUCCAAGGACCAUGCAUCUGUCCAGCUCAAUGUUGGGCAUUUGGAUGAGUUUGGUCGAUACUCUGGCCAGUUCACCACUUUUGCUCUUUGUGGAUUUAUUCGUGCCCAGGGAGAUGCCGAUAGUGCUCUUGAUAGACUCUGGCAGAAGAAAAAAGCUGAAAUUGGACAACAAUGAGAGAGUUAUAUUUGUUGUUACCAUUCUCAAAAAAUGAGAGCUUUCUAUUUACUUCUGUAUCACUUACCAGCGGUUCUUUGUUGGUGUUUGUGACUGUUCUGUUUUAUGUUUAAAGCUCAUUAUCAGACAAAUAGAACAUGCUUGUUUAUUUUAGUGCAGUAACUUGAUUUCUACUGUUACGAAAAGUUUUGAAGAUGGCAAAACAAUAUGAGCUGUUUUUUACUCA